AUGUCAGGGACGCAGGCAGCUUCACGAUUGGCUCUCAAGUUCAGCGAGCUCUUGGCGUCCUCUGAAACCUGCGCCGUAGCCAAUGCUCUUGUUGGUCCGCCGUUGUUGGUCCGCCGAGUGUGUCUGGCGGCGGCGGCUCUGGGGCAGGGGGUCCUGGGGUUGCUGGCAAUCAAAGUGGAGGGAACUCGUACAAUUACGGACAUGGAGGAGGACAAGGCUCCUCUGGAAACGGACAGCAACAUUCAGGGGGCCACUAAAACUACUACGGGCAUUCACAGGGAGGGCACUCUCAAGGCUACGACUAUCGGUCGGCUGGCAAUCAAAAUCAUGCCCUGUCCAAACCGGAGCCAACACAUCAAGACGUCAGAACUCCCAGUCGGUCUCACGAGCCUAGAGGAGCCCCAUCAACCAGCAAGAGGGCGCCCCAGCCCAAAGUUGAGCCGAAGAAGACCCACAGACACACCUCUUCCACCCCGGCUCACAGGUCAACCCAGGACCGCCAUCUUCAGGCGGUUACCGGAAAACUUGCAGAUAUGA